GAGCUGGAAGUGAGCGUGCCAUGUCGAUGAGAUUCAUUGCUUAGCCUUACUCGCCAGGACCCUCGUCAGGAUGAGAUCUCUUGCAGAGACGCAAGCAAGAUGGCAGGCAACUCAGACGCACUGCGCAAGCGUUGAGGACUUACAGAAUGCGGUCCGCCAUAACGGCCCCUCGAGCCCUUGCUUAUCGGGCUGUCGUUCUGUCUGCUGGAAGGCAUUUCUUCUGUCCAAAGAUGGUGACGAUACCAUGUUAAUCUGGUCUCAAUCUCUCCGCGAGAAGAGAGAGCUAUAUGGCGAACGUCGUGAUCACUUUCUCAAGUUCAUAAACCACCCUGAGGCUCUCACUGAGCUCACCAUUGACCCUUUGGCCGAUGAUCCUAAAUCCCCUUGGAAUACUGUCCGCGAAGAUGAAGUUAUUAGAGCAGAAAUCUUGCAAGACGUUCAAAGACUUCCGGAUGAAGCAAACUAUCAUGAAGACUAUAUGCAGCGCAUGAUUCUGGAUAUACUCUUUGUCUACUGCAAGGAGAAUCCAAAUAGGGGUGGUUAUCGACAGGGAAUGCAUGAACUCCUGGCCCCUAUAUUACACGUCGUCGAACAAGAUGCCCUGGAUCGAGCAUCCACCUCCGCCAGUGAUGACGAAAAUGACCUUGAGGAGCUGAUGCUCGAAACCAUCGACCUGUCGUUCAUUGAGCAUGAUACCUUUAUCUUAUUUUCUCAGUUGAUGGAGCACGCUCAGUCGUUUUACGAAGUCAAAGAUGUACCAAAUCCAAGCCCACCGACUGACGGCCCAUCACAAUCUCGGUUUCCCGAGCAAAGCUCUGCCAUUGUCGAGCGGAGCAAAUUCAUUCACGAAGUCUGCUUACAAAAGAUUGAUCCCGAACUAGCAGCACAUCUUACGAGUAUAGAGAUACUUCCCCAAAUAUUUUUAAUCCGCUGGAUCCGACUUUUAUUCAGCCGAGAAUUUCCUUUCAACCAGUUUCUUGUGCUUUGGGAUACAAUUUUGGCCGUCGAUCCUACGUUAGACCUUAUAGACCUCAUUUGUUGCGCCAUGCUGCUGCGAAUCCGCUGGCAAUUGUUAGAAUCCGACUAUUCUGUUUGCCUGCAACUACUUCUUAAGUACCCACCCCCUGCUCAGUUGCAUGGACCUCAUACUUUCGUCGAUGAUGCACUCUAUCUCCGCGAUCACAUGAAUGCACUCGGGGGAGCAACCCUGAUCAAGAAGUAUUCAGGAAGACUUCCCAAGGUUCCGAAGAGCCCCGAGCCUGCUGAACGCAUUAGCUCACCCCUCUCUGGACUUGAUUCAAUUCGCAGAAAGGGCUUUGGUUUGAGGUCACCAAUCCGCUCGCCAUCAAAAUUUCUUCAGCAACAGGGUGGAGUGGAAAAUAUGAUUCAGGGCGUGUUAGAGAAGAGCGAAAAGUUGGGAAUCAACCAAGCGUUACGGGAUGCCGUUGGUGAAAUAAAAAGAAAUAUGCAGGGACUAAACGAAGGUCUCUCUUCACCAUAUCCGAGAGUCGUCCUGGCCGACGAUGGCGCAGCCAAGGCAUUGGCUGUUAUGCAGAGACGAAACGACCAACUAGCAAGCCUGCUCGAAGAGACCGUCAUGAGCCUGAGGGCCCUAUCUCUGUCUAAUCUUGAAGAUAAGGCUAGAAGCCUUGACAUGAUCGAAGUUGCAGCAGCCAAAGUCCAAUUUGUGCAGAUAUAUCUGCAGGAUGCCUCGAUGGAUAUCCCGACCGUAGACUCCCCUGCUUCUGAGGAAGUCCAACUUGCGGCCGACAAAAGAGAGGAUAAGGAAAUCAAGAAAGCGCCGCCAGCUGAAAAAGAGAACCAACCUUUAUCGCCUGAAUCUUCUGGCACGAAUGCGUCCGCUCUGAACCAAACGAAAGCAACUUCAAUUUUGGACGAAACAAAGAAGCCUGAAGAAAUCCAAGACCCUCUCUCUGAGGCAGCAGAAGCCACAAACAGUGAUACUAAGAAAGAGGAGGUGCUGAAUGAAGUCCAACCCAAGGCUCCAGCGGCUGCCUCCAUACCUGCUAGAUCGACUAUAGCACAGUCUUCAUUCUCAUGGAUGCUAGAACCGGGCGAGUCUGGACCUCCACAAACGCCUCCAAUAGGAAAAUCACCUGCAGCUCAACAAAAGAAACGUAACAAUAAUGUUAGCCGGGAAAAGAAUGCGUUUUUAUUCGGAGAAGCACCGUCCGAGUUGGAUGAAAGAGACCCUCUUAGUUCUGGCGAUAUUUUUGGGAUGGAGCCUAUGCAAACCCCGCGAGCAAAAGGGGAAUAACGAGAUAGUAUGAUAUAUUUUCAUCACGAUACAAUUCUAAUUUACCACU